AGAACUAACCGUCAUUGAAAUCUCAUAACAAAACAAAACCGUUAACCAUUGAGGUCUCGUAAAGGAACAAAACUGACUGUCAAUAAAAUUUCGCAAUGAAACAAAACCAACCAUCUUUGAAAUCUCGUAAAGGAACAAAGAAACAAAACCAACAAUCAUUGAGAUCUUGUAAAGAAACAAAUCCGACCAUAAGUGACCAUAAAGACAGUUUCAAGUAAUAUUGCAAAAAUGUAUAAAACAAAACAUCCUCUGUAGCACCUUUAAAUCUCAUAAUGGAACAAAACCGACCGACACUGAAAUCUGAUGAAGAGGUUGUCAUCAUCUAGUGGUCUAAUCUUACAAAGAGUGUUUUUUUUUUAUCAUGUAGAUGUAAUGCAGUAAACUUCAACUUACAGUUUUUCUCAAAUGCUAAAACACAAAAGCCAAUCCUCUAAACCAAAUGACCAGUUGUCUAAACACAUUUACUAAAUCUAGCCAUCAUUUUCCAAUAUCAUAAACACAUUUCACAUGAAGACACAAUUCACAAAACACAAUCCUCCGUUCUCAUAAAUCUUAACACAUUUUUCUUUGCUAAAACACAAGUUGCAAAAGAACUCUGCUCAUAUUCUCAAAUGAAAGCUCAUGUGAUGCAAAAUGCUUGCCACAGUCAGCAAUAUUUGAACACAAUGAACACACCUGGCGUCAUUCAUUACACACAGUGACUCAAAUUGAAGACACUUGUUGCUAAUGCUGUGACCACAUGUAUAAAAGCAAGUUCAGAGUGCACAGUUUGCUGAAGAUGGGAAGAGGAAUUCGAGUCAGAGGAGGGAGAAGAGCUGGCCAUGGAAGAAGAGGAGCAGGCCAACGAGGAAGAGGAGUUCAAAUCAGAGGAGGAAGAGGAGCAGGCCAACAAGGAAGAGGAGUUCAAAUCAGAGGAGGAAGAGGAGCAGGCCAACAAGGGAGAGGAGAAGGUCAAGGAGGGAGAGCAAGACAACCUCGCACCAUCAUUACGGACAAGAUGCGAGCAACAGUCAUUGACCAUGUCAUUGUCCAUGGCAUGACAAUGGCUGAAGCAGGACUACGAGUCCGUCCAAACCUGAGUAGGUUCACCGUGGCCACCAUUAUCAGGGCAUUCAGACAACACAACAGAGUUGAAAGAAUGCCACAUAGAGGUGGGAGGGUUGCCAUAUUUACAGCGGCACAAGAAACCCUCAUUGUGGAUAUGGUUCGUGAGAACAACCUCAUCAGACUCCGGGAGAUCAGAGACAAAGUCAUUGCCGAUAAUGUCAACUUUGAGAGCAUUGAUGAUGUCAGCUUGGCCACAAUAGACCGAGUUCUCCGGCACCAAAAGAUGCGGAUGAAACAACUCUGCGCGACACAAAGACCUACGUUACGAGUAUGUGCAAAGGAUAUUACAGUUGGACGCGAUGGCCAGACCUCAUGAGUACCUCUUCCUGGAUGAGGCUGGCUUCAACCUGCAGAAACGAAGGCAAAGAGGCCGUAACAUCAUUGGCCAAAGAGCCAACGGGGGGGUAAUAUUACUC